AUGGUCAACACUGGUUUUCCGAGCAAAGCCUGCCACACUUGUCGGCGUCGUCGGGUGAAGUGUGACCUUGGACGCCCCGGCUGCUUGCGCUGUAAGAAAUUCGGCUAUGAGUGUCCUGGCUAUAGAGACCUAAGUAGGCUGGGUGUUAACUUCCGGAUUCUAACCCCUGAGUCCUACCCGCGUCAGAAGAGACAGGAUUGCGACUGGCAGGUGACGCGGAACUCUGCACAAGAUGGUCGAUAUUUCCAAAGCGCUGUAACGAGACAGGCACAACUAGUGAAUUUAUAUACGCCGACUGAGCAAUGGGAGGCACAUGCUAAGCCUUUUCUUCUCAGCCAAUUCACAAUAGUAACCUUACAGGGGGCUCGUGUGUAUGACUCGCUCAACUUUCUGCCGCAGCUACUUGAGCGCGCUGGCACCGGAUCUACAUUGUACAAGGUGUGCGAUGCUAUUGCCUCCGCCUACUUUGCCAACCGGUCAUGUUCCGAUAGGGUUGAAUUCGGCCACCGAAAGCUCUAUGUCAGGGCCCUGCAAUCUCUAUCAAAGGACGUCUCUAACGUUGAGAAACAAAACGAAGACACAACGCUGGCGGCCGUGUGGCUGCUGUGUUUGUACGAGCUCAUAGUCGGGACCCGAGGUCAAGAACCUCGGGGCUGGAGGACUCAUGGCGAAGCAUUGAUCGGACUAUUGCGAUUGCGAGGCCAGAACCAAUUCCAGACCAGGACAGGUUGUCAACUUUUCCAGCUAGCGUACCAAACUGUUCAAAUACAGACGAUACGAACAGGCCGGGUGCCGCCACCAGAAGCAGUCGCCUGGCUGCAGUCAAUGCAGACAUCUGCCAUGGCGAAGAAGCUGCUCUUUGUGCCGGCAUUUCUGUACAGUGACUUGGCCUCGCGAAUUUACAGCACAAUUUGCGAUCUACUCGACCAAGGCUCGCACGAGAAGAUGCUCGAGAGCAUUAACGACAUCACCAUCGCUUGCAACACUCUGGAAUCGUCAAUAGAUGCAGUGCUCACUGAAUGCCCAGCCUCACAAUCCCGGCCAGGUCCAUCAGACGACCUAGUAACAGGACAAAGUCACGAAUGGUUAAUGAAGCAGCAUGCCUCGAACUAUCUCGGUGCAUGUCUCUUUCAAGUUUAUCAAGGAGCGGUAAAGUUGCUUUCUGAGACACUGAAAGCUAAUGUAUCGCCGAAGAUGCACGCUACGCUCCUAUGUCUACACGAGUCCAGCAUUGAACGAUUAAGGCACCUGUCAGACCGUAUCCUAGUGUCUCUCCCGCUACUUAUGCCGGCGAAAGCGGCCAGUGUUGACAAACAGGGUCCAAAUAUUCCAACAUGGGGACACGCCUUGAAGCUACUCUGGCCGCUAGGAUUAAUUGCAUCUUCCGCCAAUGUGCAUGACAGCCAGCGUGUUGCUGCGAACCUGGGCCUACUCCGAAUAGGCUACGAGGCUGGGAUUAUGCAGGCUGUAGGGGGAUAA